GCGUGGCCGUCCCUGGGGCGCGGGCUCGGGCGGCGGGGCUCCCUUCCCGCUAGGGCUACGCCAACUGGCUACCGCCAACCCUGACCCGGCGGCGGGCGCGUGGACGAGCGACCGGCGGCGGGCCCCUGUCCGGCCCGGGUCCCCGCCGCCGCUCCUUGCAACCCGGCCGGGCCUUCCCAGGGUUGUUCGGGAUCGGGAGCACCCGUCGGGGCGCAGGGACAUCCUGUGGGGAGCGCGCUGGGGCCGUGCCCGCGCCCGGGGCAGCCGAUUUGUAACUGGCUUUUAGAAGUUCCCGCGACGUGUCCCCCCCCUCGCCUUUCCCCGAGUGCUCGCUUUGCACACACCCUCUUUAUCCGUGGGCCGUGUGAGCGCGGGCUCGCUCGUGCCGGUUUGGGGAGAAGCCGUGAGUCCUGGGGUGCAGUGAGCUGUGGGUGGCUCCCCCUUCACGCCUACACAGAGAACCAGAUUGGAAUCUGAGACUUCAGGCCCCAGAGAAAUUGCAGACAGCCAGAGCGGGGCGAUGGCGGUGGCCCUGGGCUGUGCAAUCCAGGCCUCGUUGAAUCAGGGCUCCGUGUUUCAAGACUAUGACGCCGACUGUGAAGUUUUCCGCCAGCGCUUCAGGCAGUUCCAGUACAAGGAAGCAGCCGGGCCUCACGAAGCCUUCAACAAACUCUGGGAGCUCUGCUGUCAAUGGCUGAAGCCAAAGAUGCGUUCUAAGGAACAGAUCCUGGAGCUGCUGGUGUUGGAGCAGUUCCUAACCAUUCUGCCCACAGAGAUAGAGACCUGGGUGAGGGAACACUGCCCAGAGAACAGAGAGAGAGUCGUGUCGCUGAUAGAAGACUUACAGAGGGAACUUGACAUACCAGAGCAGCAGAUGGAUCGGCAGGAAAUGCUGUUGGAGGAGCUGGCACCAGUGGGACCGGCACACGUGCCACCCAACAUCCACCUGGAGUCGCCGGCCCUGCAGGUGAUGGCGCCUGCCCCGGAGGCCCUGGUGGCAGAGGCCUGGAUCCCCCAGGCGGGGCUGCCGGAGCUGGGCUACGGUGCUGCGGGGGAUUGCCAGCCCUUCCUGGACCCUGGAUACCCAAUACCAAAGCUUGACGUGAGCUUUCCAUUGGAGCCUCGGGAAGAAGUGUGGGUGAAAGAACUACAAGAGUCCAAAGAAAUGAAGCAAUUACUUGAUUCCAAGAUAGGUUUUGAGAUUGGGAUAGAAAACGAAGAUGAUACUUCAAAACAGAAGAAACUGGAGAACAUGUACCCGUUUAUUGUGACACUGGAGGGAAAUGCUCUCCACGGUCCCAUUUUGCAGAAGGACUAUGUACAGUUGGAGAAUCAGUGGGAGAGUCCCCCAGAGGAUUUACAGACCGAUUUAACCAAACUGGUAGAGCAUCAGGCCCCCUCUGCAGGAGAGAAACCUGAAAACUCCAACCUGGAAGAACCUCUCAACCCCAGACCCCAGAAGAAAAAGAGUCCAGGGGACAAACCUCACCGAUGUCCUCAGUGUGGAAAGUGUUUUGCUCGGAAGUCACAACUUACAGGGCACCAGCGAAUUCACUCAGGAGAGGAACCUCACAAAUGCCCUGAGUGUGGAAAAAGAUUCCUCCGCAGCUCGGACCUUUAUCGACACCAGCGGCUUCACACAGGGGAGAGACCCUACGAGUGCACCGUGUGUAACAAGCGAUUCACUCGGCGGUCCCACCUGAUAGGCCACCAGAGAACCCACUCCGAAGAAGAAACGUACAAAUGCCUGGAGUGCGGAAAAAGCUUUUGUCACGGAUCGAGUCUCAAAAGACAUCUGAAAACGCAUUCGGGUGAGAAACCUCACCGAUGUCACAGUUGUGGUAAAAGUUUUAGCAGACUGACAGCUCUCACUUUGCAUCAGAGAACUCACACGGAAGAGAGACCUUUUAAGUGUAAUUAUUGUGGGAAAAGCUUUAGACAGAGACCAAGCCUUGUUAUUCAUUUACGAAUUCACACAGGGGAGAAGCCAUACAAGUGUAGUCAUUGUUCGAAAAGCUUCAGGCAGAGGGCAGGCCUUAUUAUGCACCAGGUCACUCACUUUAGAGGACUUCUCUAAGAAUUGUGAGAGGUGACAGGCUCCUACAGAGAUUGACAGGAACUCAAAAAAAAAAAAAAUCUUAACCAACAGCAGCCUGUUUGUCUUGGAAGAAUCUUUUCAUUUGAGCUGAGAACAGGUUUUAAAAAUGAUUUUAAAACCCCAUCUUCCAAAGUACAUGAAUUCUAGAAUAUCCAUCUACUCUUGCAAUGUUCCCAGAUUCAAUUUAUUCUCUCUUAUUUUUUUUUUUAAUGACAAUGAAAUGUUUUGUGUCCCAGGCCAACCGUAUCGUAGAUAGAAAGCAUGAAGCAUAUAAUUGAUGACAAUCCUUUUCAGGGUAGGGUUAAUAUGAUGGAUAAUCGUGUCCAUCAGUGUGUCUCCUGUAGCAGCACCAGAAUUAUUCUGCUGUUGUUAUUAAAGGCGAUCGUAUUAGUUCAAAGCUUUAUGUGUCCUAAGUAGCAAGAAAGGAGACAGUGUAUUUUGUCAAAUGAUAAAAAUGUGUCGGGAACACAUUUGCCUGGUAAGAACGGGGGUCUGUCCAUGGAAAGUUUUUAUGUUUAAGGAAAUUAAGAUUUUUAACCUUUACUUAGGAAUUGUGCAGAGUUUGCUAGUCUGCUUAGUUGGCGGUCUGGGGUGAUGCUGCUUAGAGCAGAGUAUGAAUUUGGUGAUUUCUUUCGUUCACAGAAUAAGUAAGCUCUUUGUGGAAGAAUCCACUUGACAGUUGAUUUCUUACAAGUAGAACCAGUGUCUGUUGCCUUGUACUCUCUUUUGGUAUUCAUCCCUGUGUCUCUCAGUGCUUUAACAAUUUUAUACGUUCUUUAAUGCAGUGUCCCCCUAAGUGUGUGUCGUAGAGCCCUUAGUUCUACAAGAUGCUUUACAAAUAACUUUGGGACUCCCUGCUGUCUCCACUUUCUAGAUUCGCAGGGCCCAUCAGCAUGGGAGAAUGUCUGAGAGGCCCUCCAGUAAAGGUGGAAACAAAUCACCUCUUUUGGCUCAAUGUUUUGCCAACCCAUUUGACCCCAGAACCCUUUUUCAUGUACACCCAGUGAUAACCCACAGAACUAGUGUUCUUCAAAUACUCCUUGGAACACACUCUCCUUAACAGGUGUAUCUAUAGCCAGCGGUCUAGUCUCGUUGCUCCCAAGCCUAGUUAUCUCCAGUUGUUUCAAGGGUGGUAUGAAAAGUUCUUUACAUAUAUACAUUUUUUCUUAUGUAAUACACACACACAUACACACACUCACACACACAUCAUUUUAAGGAGGUGAGGGUCACUAAUUGAGAUAAUUUACACGUUGCUCAGUGAUUCUCAGCCUCUUUGAAAUUUACUUAUAACCACACACACGUAUUGCUACUUAUAUAAACCUUCUCAUGUAAUCGUGGUAAUGACUGAAAGUCCUGUAACAAGGGAAGAACUCUCUUUGUCAGUUAUAGCUGUUGAUACCUGAAAAUAUUCAUUCAGCCUAGUUCCUUGUUAUAAAAUACAAGAGGUAGGACAUUCAAGUAUUUUGUCUUCAUGAAGAUACCAGUCAUUCUUUCCCUAACCUAGAAUUAGGGAAAGUACAUAUAUUUGUUCUGUUCCAUUGAAGUUCUUGGAAGUGAUAUUGACUAUAAAUAUUUCGGGGGCAACUACUGUGUGCCCAACUAGUCCUGUUCUAGGCUUAAUGGAAACCAGUAAAGACGUUAAUCCAUGAAUCAGGUUCAUAAGGAGUUUAUACUAUUGUUAGUUAAACAAGAGUUGGGAAACACAUGGAGAACAAUGCAAGAGAGUUUAGAAUUAAGUGCCAAAUCCUAUCAAGUGCUAGAGCCAGGGUGUGUCUUUAAUUCUUGUCAUCCGGGUCCCUGUAUGAUGCUGCUAUAAGCGUGGGGUUGACGUUGAGAUCCCAGUAGCAAUAAACCUGUAACGUGGGAGGAGUCUGAAUGUAGAGAUGAACGAUAUGGAAUGUAACGGCUUCUCUUUUCUCUCUUGUGGACUUGCAUUCAAACCAGGACAGUGCCUUAGAAUGGAUGUGCCCAACUGCUCUGUAUCUAUGCAAUAUUUUAAUAAAGUGGAAAUGUGUACGCUCUUCCUGCUUCGAUCACGUGAAUAGUAGUUUGCGCAGCUCAGAACCGCUUCCCUGAGCUGUGGCGACAAGCGCCACGACUGCCUCCCGCUCCCACCCUGUGUUGCAGUCCCUGUGCUCUCUGUAGCCAGGUUGCUGGGUUUACGCAUCAUUCUGAGCACUCAAUACGGUCGGUUUUAGCGAGGAGGCUUAGUUGCCGUCAUCAUAUGAGACACAGCCUCCCCCCCCAUUUAUAGCAUCAACGCACAACUUGAUUUUGCAGCUUAGAGAACAUCUGUUACCUAUUUCUUUGUUCUAGUGUCCUCUAUGUAACAGGCACUGAUCAACGUUUGUGGCAUUGAGUCAAGAAACAGUGAAAUAAUUCUUGGAAACAGAGAUCCCGGUGGAUGAGUCUAGUUAUGUUUCUGAACAUUUCCAAAAGAUAAUGGCAAAAUGCAGUCCCUGCCUCCCUCCUCAGUGCCGUGAAGGACGCGAACCAGCAACCAUCUUGUAAGUGCUCUGAAGGUUAAGUGAAAUGUGUAUCGUUCAGGCCUUACACAGUGUAGGCUUUCAAUAAACAUUCAG